AGUAACGACAACCCCCGCCACUACAACUCUCUCUCUUUUUAAGCUAUUUAUUUGAAGCGCCUCUUUUUAUUAUUAUUAUUUAAGCGUUUUUACUAUUAUUACUGUCGGCUUCGGUCACUGCGGCACACUCCACUGACUCACGCCUUACGUGUCAGCGCUGACUUCCUCGACCCCGCUCACCUCUCUCCCGCUACCCCGCUGCAGCUCGCUCUCCGCCCUCCCCGUUCCCCCCUCCUCGCCUCUCGCACUGCGACACAUGGCGUGGCUCAACUACCCGCUGCGCCGCAUGAUGGUGGCUGCAGCGCUGCUGGCGCUGUGCGUGGUGGACGCCUCCUUCGUGACCGCAGCUUCCACCGCGGACUACAGCGCUGAGGAGCAGACAAACACGCUGAAGUUCCUGCAGGGCCUUGCGGCAUCCAAUCCGUCUCUCGCGACGUUGUGGACGGGCACGGACUUCUGCUCCUGGUUGUAUGUGAGCUGCGGGUUUGAGUACGCUCUAAACUUGAAAAACUACGGCAACACGGGUUCCGCACCACCGCUGUUGCUGCCGGAGAUGGACAAAGGUGUGGACGGUUCUGCCGUGCUGUUCACCACAAUCGACGUAAGAGGGUUGGGCCAGAGCUUCGGGGGCACACUGCCUGCGAGCUGGGGCCGCCUGACGCGACUGGAGACGCUGCGCCUUGAUGGUAACGCCUUGACGGGCACACUACCUGCUGAGUGGAGCAGCUUGACGUCUCUUGCGACACUCUACCUGCAGGGCAAUCGUCUUGACGGUUCUCUGCCCAGCACCUGGCAGCAGAUGAGCAACGCCAAGUACGUGUACCUUUCCAGCAACCAGCUCGACGGCAGCCUGCCGGCGGAGUGGGGCAACAUGAAGAAGCUGUCGUCCUUGUAUCUGCAGAGCAACGCGCUGACGGGACCGCUGCCUGCGGAGUGGGGAGGGAUACCGAGCAUUAACACGCUCUCGCUUUACAACAACCGUUUCGACGGUUCCCUGCCUGCUGACUGGGGCAAGAUGACGCGGCUGCAGUACCUGUACCUUCAGAACAACGCGUUGAGUGGCACGCUGCCUGCUUUGUGGAGUCCUCUAUCAAACCUCUCCGAGCUCAACUUAAGCAACAACUCGCUGCAAGGUUCGCUGCCCGCGGAGUGGGUCAACAUGGAAACCCUGAGCAAAGUGGAUCUGUCGAAGAACCAGUUCACUGGCGCCAUCCCUGAGGAGUGGGGCCAGCUGCGGCUGUACUCCCUGGACCUGAGCGGCAGCACUCUCUGCGGCUGCCUUCCGGAGAGAUGGGGCACGAUGACGUUCCCACCGACUGUGACGGUGAAUUCUGCGGUGACUGCGUCGGACUGCGCGACUAAGAACGUGUGUGCUGACGCCAGCACGACGACCACUACCACCACUUCCCCAGCCCCCUCCCCGGUCCCGAGCAGCACCGCAGCCCCCAGCACGACCACGACGAGCACGGCGCCGCCGACGGACGAAGAGACGAACACGCUGAAGUUCCUUCGCGGCUUCGUGGCGUUGAACCCUUUUCUGGCGAGCAACUGGACGGGCACGGACUUCUGCAGCUGGUGGUACAUGAACUGCGGCACUUUCAUAACCUUACUGGAUUUGAGGGACGCCGACUCACCGGAGUUCACCGGAUCACUGGCCCUGCCUGAGCUGGGUGACGACGUGGACGGCUCCAGCGUUAUCCUCACGCAGAUCCUCCUACAAGAGAUGGGUGAGCGUGUCACGGGCACGCUGCCUGCGAGCUGGGGCCGCCUGACACGACUUACCACGCUGCGCCUGAACGACAACGCGCUGUCCGGCACGCUCCCUGCGGAGUGGGGCGGCUUGACCAAGCUGGUGGUCUUGUUCCUGCAGAGCAACACGCUGUCGGGCAGCCUGCCUCCGACGUGGAGUAGCAUGGCGAGAAUGCGGACGCUACAGCUGGACGAGAAUAAACUGGAGGGUGCCCUUCCCAGCGCGUGGAGCGCACUCACGAAUCUCAGAACCUUCAACGCCUCGCACAACGCGCUGUCCGGCUCGCUGCCUGCGGAGUGGAGCCGCAUGACGAAGCUGUCGGAACUGGGGCUGUCGAACAACCGGCUGCAAGGGUCCCUGCCCGACACGUGGAACUCGCUGACGGCGCUGACCGAAGUCGGCCUGGCAGACAACCAGCUGGAGGGUUCGCUCCCGAGCGCAUGGAGCACGUUUGAGAAGCUCACCGAUUUGUACCUCGCAGGCAACAGGUUCUCGGGCUCUCUGCCUGCGGAGUGGGGCAGCAUGAAGGAGCUGGAGUUCCUGCACCUCCAGAACAACGCGUUGACGGGCACGCUGCCUGCCCCGUGGAGCUCGCUGGGGUCGCUGACCACGCUCCAUCUGGAGAACAACCACCUGGACGGCCCGCUGCCUGCGGACUGGGGCAGCAUGCAGGGUCUGUCGGAGCUGUACCUCUCGAACAACGCGGUUGCAGGGAGCUUGCCGCCUGCGUGGGGCGGAAUGAGUGACAUGCGGACCCUUCAGCUGGACAGCAACCGCAUUGAGGGGGACCUGCCCGCUGAGUGGCAGGCCAUGACGGUGAUCUCAAAUUUGUACCUGCAAGCCAACGCGCUGUCCGGCGCGCUGCCGUCCGCGUGGAGCGCGAUGUCGUCGCUGAGAAACCUCAAUCUGAGCCGUAACCAGCUUUCCGGGACGCUGCCUGCGGAGUGGACCUCGAUCGAGUACUUGUUUCUGCUGGAUCUCGCUGACAAUCGUUUGACCGGCUCGAUUCCCGCGCAGUGGGGCCAGAUGGUGUUCCUGAACACGGUGGACCUGAGCGGCAACAGCUUGUGCGGUUGCCUGCCUGAAGGAUGGGUGAGCAGGGCCUCGGAUGGUGUUCAUGUGGACCCUGCGGUGUCUGCGACGGCCUGCGCCACUGCGAACGUGUGCCCGGAUGAGGAAAGUGGCACGACGAUCACCACGAAAUCUCCGCUGCCUUCGCCGGUCUCGAGCAGCAGCAAUGCAGGGGACAGCAGCGCGGCAAGGAGGGGCAACUCCAGCAGCAACUCCAACGAGGUGGGGUGUAAAGUGUUGAAUUGCGUCCAGUGUCACGCGGGCAACGGUACGAGCUGUGACCAGUGCGCGCGAAGCUACGAAGUGACCACCACCUUUCUGUGCGUGCGGGGGGACGGUGCUGUGCGCGUGUCGUUGACGGCGGGUGGUCACCUGUGGUCCUCGCUGCUCCUCGCCGCCGCGCUGUUGGUGUUUGCCGCAUCGUGCUAG